AUGCAGGACAGCCAGAUCCCAGGAGAUCUCGACGCCCCUAAUGCAACCGCAUGGGCCGAGAUUGAGAAGCGCCAGAGGACUUCGACCUGGAAUCCCCCAGCCAAGCUUGUCAAACCUCUUAAUGAGGUCUGGGAGCACCAAAUGUCGACAUACAGCAACCCUAUGGGAUUUAAGAACUUGGGUUUCGACCAUGUCAUGGCAGCCCGCGGUAAAAUCAACUACUGCGUGCGCUGGGACUCGAGCAAGAAGGUGACCGCCGCACAACGCAAGCAGAUCGCCGCUGCGGUGAAGGUCGUCGGAUACGCCGUGCGCGAUCGGUCGCUCCUGGAAGGCGACACAUCAGGGCUGGACAUCUACACCAAUAGGGAUGAAGGCGGGGUUCCCGAGUGCGAUCCGGCGUGUGGACGGUUCUUCCACCAGGAUAAUGACUAUAGUCGUUGUAGGGGCGGUGCGGCUCGUCACUAUGACGAGAGCUUAUGGCUCACGGAUGGUUUUCAGGGCGGCGCGGGCGGGGACUGGGGCCAGCGCGUGGGCCAGGAGUAUUUCAUGCAGAAUGUCAAUUCGGAGAAUAUCCACAUCUACCUGCAUGAGCUUGGACAUACCUUUGGCUUGGAUGUUUUCUACAACUGGACUCCCACAGGCGUAACGAACUUCAUCAUGCGGGCAGGGAGUGCGACACAGGUUACUGAGUUUGAUAUCUGGAUGCUCCGUGACUGGUGGCGCCAUCUGAAGAGCAGGUACAAUUUGUAG